AUGCAUAAUCAUAGACUAGAUAAGGAUAUGUUAGGUCAUGACAUCUUGGGGCGUCUAAAAGAUGAUGAAAGAAAGUUUGUGAAUGACAUGAUGAAGUACAAUAUGGAACCAAGGUACAUCGCGUCUGCUUUGAAAGACAAAGACCCAGAAAAUCUCACGAAUAUUACCCAGAUUUACCGAGCUAGAGCAACAUACAGACUGGGCAAGAGAGGUGCACUGACAGAAAUGCAAAUGUUAUUGAGCCUUAUUCACCAAGAGAAAUACAUGUGUUGGUCUAGAAAUAAGGAGAAUUCAGAUAUUGUGGCUGAUAUCUUCUGGACACACCCUGACUUUGUCAAGUUGUUGAAGAUGUUUCCUCUGGUGUUGAUUUUUGAUUGCACGUACAAGAUAAACAGGUACCGGCUACCACUGCUUGAGAUUAUUGAUGUUACAUCAUCAAAAAUGAUGUUUUUAGUUGCUUUUGCAUAUUUGGAACACGAAAGGGAGGAGAACUUCACAUGGGAACUAGAGAGGCUCAAGUUGUUGUUCUAUUCUAAGAAGUUGCUACCAGAUGUCAUGGUGACGGACCGAGAACUUGCUUUAAUGAAUGCCAUUGAUUCCGUGUAUCCAAAUGCGUCUCAUUUGCUGUGUACAUGGUGA